UCAGAAUAGAUUUCAAAUUUCGAUGCUUGCGCUGUUGCAUGUUUAAAAAAUAAUAAUAACAAGUAUCUACCGAGUACAGAAGUGCUUGCAUUCGCCACACAAAUUUUAAUUAAAACUAUUUGUUUUCUCCAGUUCGACAUAGGUAUAAAAACAUUUUAAAAAUUGCAUCUUAUAAAUAUAUAAUUCGUGUUAAGAAACUAAUUAGGAACAGUCAAUUUUGAAAAGUGACUACUGACUACAUGCAUUACGUAUUUGAUCGAAAUCAUUGAACUAAAUUCUUACAACAUGUAUCGUCCAAACGGCCAGACAAAUUUCACACCAAAUGGGCCCUAUCAACAAUCACAGUCAUAUCAAACUCCUAGACCUUUUCAACAGGGUCAACAAUUUGGUCCACGAUUUCAAUCACCUCCCCAACAGUUUACGCCACCAUCUUCAUUUUAUCAAACUUCCCAACAACAUCAUGACCACUCGAUGUCCGCCUACCAAGUUCCUGAUACUGCAAUACCUCCACCUUUUUAUCAACCUCCUCCCCAAAAUCAGCUUCCAAUUCAACAUAUUGAAACACCGCCAAAUCCUAAAUACCCACCUCCAUCAGCUGGUCCUUGUUUCAACCAACUAUCAGUAUCUCCCUAUAGAACACCUGGACAAAUAUAUGUACCUCUUAACCAAAAUUAUAGUCAACCUCCCCCUGUUCAAAAUUAUAAUAAUUGUCCUCCAAUUCAAAAUUUCAACCACCCUCCUCCCAUCCAAAACUUUAACCAUCCUAUUACACCCCCAUUUCAGUCUGUCAAUCAAAGUUGCAAUCAACCAAUGGGCUCUCCAUAUCAGUCUCCUAGUCCUGGUUUUAGCGCUACACCAAAUAAUAUAUAUCAACCUCAAGUCCUGAGCCCUGAAUCGUUGAAACGACCAUACAAAUUACCAGCAGAUCAAUGUUAUCAACAACAGCAGUCUUCAUUUAAUUUACCUAGACAUGAGUUCAACCAAAGACCUUCUUUUAGGCCUUCAGGACAACAAAGAUUUCCUUUUAACAAACAAAAUCCAAGAUAUCAGCAAUCACAACAUGGUAAUAGAUUUCAAUUUCAACCAAAACAGCAAUAUCAAAAUUAUCGCCCUAGAGGAGGUCCUCCUCCUGGUUUCAAUAAUCAGAGUAAAGAAAAUUUUAUACCUAAAAAGGAUAAAAAUCAAGUAGCAUGUGAAUUAGGCGAUUGUGAUUUUGUGGGACAUGCUAGUGCUGUUAAAGAACAUCAAAAUUUGCAUCAUAGAUUAGGACUUCACAAGAAAGUGUUAUAUAGUAAUAAUUCAGACGCUGUUCAAAAUUGGAUUGAAGAAAGAAAAAAAAAAUGGCCUACUAAAGAAAAUAUUCAAAUAAAAGUAGAUGUGGAGGAUGAAAAAAAUAAGAGAGGGGAACGUAUAGCAGAUGAAGAUUUCCAGAGAUUUAAUAAAAAUAAUAAAUCUAAUAAUUCUGGAAAUAAAAGGUUUAAUAACAGAAAACGACCAAGAUUUAAUGGUGAAUUUAUACAACCUGUUGAAGAACCAAUGAACGGAAACUUGAAACGCUUCGCUGGAAUAGUUGAUAUCAUUAAAGAUGAACAAUUAGAAGAAACCAAUAAACCAGUUGCUUUAAAACUAAUACAGGAAUAUGAUCAAUCUAGUGAUAAUCAAAGCGACAACGAACCACCUGAAGAAAUGCCUAUAAAUAAAAAAUCAGGAUCACCAGAUAAUAAAAAUGUAUCAGAACAAAGUGAGAACCCAUGUACUACUCCAAUUAUAGAAGUUUUAAUAACAGAUAAAAAUGAAGAACCAAGUUCUACUUCAGUAAUAAAUAACGAAGUAGAUUCCACUACAUUGAUUGAUAAUGACAGUAAAGCAGUAAGUACAGAUGUGAACAUUGAUAUAUGUUCUAAAAUAAACGAUAAACAUGUGAAAACCGCUAAUGAUCGUGGCCAAAAGCGUAAGAACACUUCUAAAAAAGAAUCUAAACCAUUCAAAAAAAUGCCACCAAUGAGAACACCACGGACUGAAGUUGUUGAAAGGAAGGGUGCUCUUUUGGAAGCCUUGAUGGGAGAUUUAAUGCGCAGUGAAAGAAACACUAUAACUCAGUGUAUUUGUUACAUCAGAAACAACAUGAAUCGUUUCUGUAAAAUUCAAGUCGCUUAAGUAUUGGCAUUUCGUUCUUAUUGUCUUUCUAUUGGAGCAACAUACAAUACAAUAAUAUGUGUAUUAUUCUUUUAAUUUACAAUUGUUAUGAAUUUAUUUGUAUUUGAAUAUGGAGAUUUGUUAUGAUUAAAACUACACUGGUAAUUACUUUAUAUA